GGUGGAGAGGCGUGGGUGUCCCUGCUGCCCUUUAUAUCGGGAGGACCUGGAGGCAGGCACCUCCUGCUCUUUCCCAAACCUCACCUCUGAGCCACCGCAACCAAAGCAACACAACCUCCCCAACAGCCCUUGGAAAUGAAGAUCUCCAUGUGCCUGCACCUUCUAGAGGCCUUUGCUCUCACCUACCUAGGGUGCCUUCUCACCCAGGUGGCAAGGGCUGCAGACAUUCCAGAGAAAGCAUUUAAUUUAACUUGGGAUUCAACUAAUUUCAAGACAAUUUUGAAGUGGAAACCCAAACCCAUCAAUUAUCUCUACGUUGUUCAGAUAAGCCCUGGAUCUAAAGAAUGGAUAAACAAAUGCAACUUAACCACAGACACUGAGUGUGAUGUCACAGAGGAGAUCGUUCAGGAUGUGCACCAGACCUAUGAGGCAAGGGUCCUAUCUGUCCCCCAGAGUAAGACUAAAAGGAAGGAAGUGCUAUUUUCAAAUGCCACAAAGUUUACACCUUACCAAGAGACAAAACUCGGACAGCCAGUAAUUCAGCAUUUUAAACAAGAUGGCACAAAACUGAACGUGACAGUGGAAGAUUCACAAACGUUGGUCAGAAAGGGCAAGAACGGCACAUUCCUCACCCUGCGGGGAGUUUUUGGCAAGGAGUUGAGUUAUAUACUUAUUUACAAGAAUGAUUCAAGUACAGAAAAUAAAAAAGCUGGAUCAAACACUAAUGAAUUCUUUAUUGAUGUGGAAGAAGGGGUAGACUAUUGCUUUAAUGUACACGCUGUGAUUCUCUCCAGGAAAAUUAAUCAAAGUGGCCCAGAAAGCAUUACUCUGUGCACAGACCAAGAGAGGAGUAUACCGAGAGGCCCACUCAUCAUUGUGGGAGCUGUGGUGUUUGUGGCCACCAUUUUUAUCAUCCUCCUGUCCGUAUCUAUGUGCAAGUGCCGAAAGUGCAGAACUGGGCAGAAAAGGUAGAACACCCCAGUGCGCUUGGCAUAGAGG